CACAGUGGUUGCUGGACCUGCCGUCUCGAGGCCCCAUUCGUCCUAUGAGGAGGAGGGUGAUCUGCGUUUGCCAAAAGCUGUCGGAAAUAUCCAGCUACUGUAUCUAAACGUCCACCUCUUUCGUUAUCCAAGCACAACGCAGCAGGGUCUGUUCACAAUGUCGUCGAAAGAACCGAUAACCUCCAUAUCGGUUCCCACCGCCACCAACCAAACUGCUCCCACCCCGCACACCACCUACACCGUCUCUCUUCGCGGCACCAACGGCCGAACAUGGACGACGAACAAACGAUACUCGGAGUUUGCGGCCUUAUUUGCGGCCCUCGUUGCUGACCUAGGUCAGCCGCCAGCAGGCAUCGUUCUCCCGCCAAAGCACUUUUCGAUAUUUGGAUCGACCAUGACAGACCCGGUCAAGAUUGAAGAGAGGCGGAGAGGCCUCGAGGCGUUCUUGAGAAGCAUCCUGUACUGUAACGAUCCAAAAUGGAGACGGACGGGCGCGUGGAUGAGCUUUUUGGGGAUUGGAGGCGAAAGCGCCGACGCCGGGAGCGUCAACGGAACCCAUUCCCGGACGUCUUCCAUUGCCUCAUCAACCUCCACGCUCCUCAAUCCCAACACCUCCUUCACUCCCGCCGAAUGGAUGACCGAAUACCACGCCCUCAAGUCGCUCACUAGGGACAUUCGCGCCCAUGUCACGACGCGAGAUCGCUGUGCCGCUGCUGGCGACGUCCAAGGCGCUCAGAGCGCCGGCGUCGCAGGCAAACAGGGGUUGAGGGGCCUCGAGUCUCGAACGGACGCGUUAGAAAAGUCGUUAACCGUACAUUCAACUACAUCCUUACCAUCAGAAAAGUUGGCAAAAGGAGAACUCAUGCGUCGACAGGAUCUGUUGGGAGGUUUGGUGGGAGAGAUAGAGGGAAUCGCGCGGUCUCUCUCGUCGUUCGCCAUGUCAUCGGCGGCCUCGAGUAGGAACCCACUUGUGGGUGAUCCCAGCAGAGGCAAUGCGGGCCUCACUCCACAACAAGCGCUCGAUCGUCAGUCCCUCCUCUCCUCACCCUCCAGCUCCCGCCGCUUCGGCACGCAUUCCGCAUCAACGGCAACAGCGUCAUCCGCAGAUCCACAACAACUACUACUCCAACAAAAAGACAUAAUGACCACGCAAGACGACGCGCUGGACUCGCUAUCAGGGAUCAUCAGGCGGCAGAAAGAAAUCGGGGUCGCUAUCGGCCACGAGCUGGAUCUGCAGAAUGGUCUGUUGGGUGAAGUGGAUGAGCAGGUCGAUAGGGUGCAGAGCCGGCUGAAAGGGACGGGGAAGAAGCUGGAUAAGGUCCUGAAGGGCUGAACGCCGCGGUCGUCGGAAACUUUCGAACCAAUUGUAAUAUACUAGUUUUGUCAAUGGCUAUUACACAGACAAUAAGCAUUAGAUACAGAAAUGUGGA